AUGGAACUUCUUCAAAACCACAAUCGUGGAAGCUCAGUUGGCAUGUGUACCAAGAAGGAGGAAAGCGAUCUUCUCAACGUGCUCCCGUCCCAGCAGCGAAGGCGCUGGACGGGGCGUCAUGACAAGGCAACCCACUUGAGCGCCGAGCUGAUGAUUCCCACACGGUCGGGCCAAUCCCAACCCGGAGGCGCCUCAUGCUCGCCUCUGUCUGUCCUACGACCCGCUCGACAGCAGCUGGAAGAUCGCGCCCCAGAAACAACGGACUCCAGCCAGAUGCCACUUCGGGAUGCCCAUCGCUUGCUCCUGGGGGCAGCUGCCCUCUUCUUGCUGCUGGGGGGCUGCUCGGGCUCCUCGUCACACUCUGUGAGGUUUCCUUCUGCAGUGUGGGAUUCUGCUGAAGGGCUACCCCAAUUCAUGAGUCUGGGGUACCUGGAUGACCAGAUCUUCAUGCACCAUGAUAAGAAGAUAAGACAGCCCGAGCCUGUAGUUCCAUGGAUGAAGAAGUUAGUGGAGGACGAUCCUGAGUCCUGGAACUUACUCACUCAGCUUUCUUCUGAUUUGGAGGAGAUUCUGAGGCAAGAGGCGGCGAUAGUUCAGAAAUAUGGCAACCAGAGUGAGAGUUUUGUCACCUGGCAGGGAAUAAGUUUCUGUGAGCUGAGGGAGGACGGCCAGAAAGUGGGGAAUAUCCGUUUUGGCUACAAUGGGAGGGACUUCCUGAGCUUCGACAAGGACACCCUCUCCUGGAUUGUAGUGGCCAAUGUCACAGCACCACAAUUCAAGAAGAAGUGGGACACUUUCUCAGGCAGUCCUCAGUACUGGAAGGAAUUCCUGGAAGGGCAGUUGAUUGAAUGGCUAAAGAAAUACAUAAAGUAUGCCAAGGAAUCUCUGCAGAGAAGAGAGCCCCCAGUGGUGAAGGUGCUGCGAAAGAUGGACUCCAAUGGCCUGGAGACUCUCAUCUGCCGUGCCUACGGCUUCUACCCCAAGGAGAUCCAUCCAACCUGGAAAAGAGAUGGGGAAUUCUUGGAGCAGCAGCCCCUCCGUGGGGAUGUUGUCCCCAACUCAGAUGGGACCUACCACACCUGGACUAGCAUCAAUAUUGACCCCAAGGACAGGGUGCACUACCAGUGCCAGGUGGAACAUGUUGGUUUUCCAGAGCCUCAACUCUUCGCCUGGAAGGAACCUGCUCCAGUGGGCCCCAUUGUGGGGGGCAUCCUGGGGGCUGUGGCUGCUGUUGUCCUGCUGGUGGCUGGGAUCAUCUUCUACAUGAAGAAGCAGCAGGGAGGCUACAAAGCAACGUCAACUGAGUGACCCCCCUCCUCCCUCUGAAGUGACCCUUCAGCACCAGAGAAAUGGUGCACCGCUGCCUGAGGGGCAGUGGUGGUGGAGUGCUGCAGGGAGGCAGUCCUGGUAGUCUUUCCCCUCCAGGGGCUCAGCAAGGACGCCGGGCUUUCUGCAUGGAAAUUAUGGACUGCUUUUGCUAUUCCGUGCAUUCCCGUGGCCAUUGGGAAGGAACCAGUGCAUUCCAGUGGGCAUUCCCUGUCAUUCAUUCUAGUACAUGGCCUGGAAUUGAUAUGAUCCUUACUUUCUUGUAACAGAACCACCUAAAUUAUUGUAUUUAUGUAAGGGGUGUGGCCAUUGGGAUGGGCGUGGCCAUGGGGCAUGACUGUCAAGGUGGGCGUGGCUAUGAAGGCUGACAUGGAGAGCACCUGUAUUUCUGAAUAUGCAACUACAUCACUGCUGAUGGCCGUCUUUGUGAAGAGACAUUAGAUUGUCCCUGAUGGGGUAAAAGAGCUGCUUCCAGCAAUCUUCACCCCCUCCCCUCCCCUCCCCUAAUGGCAGGUUUGUGGACAGAAUGCCAGAGAUAGCCGGUCUGCUCCUACCAUACGUGGAAUAUAUGUUUUCCUUUCUCGGGUAAACAGCAGCUUCAAAAGGAGUGUGUGGAGUAGGGUCAGCACCAAGCAGACAUAAUGGACAAAUAUUGCUGGCUCCACAGCUGUGGAAUGAUCUCCCCAAAGAGAUCUGACAGGAUCCCUCUCUUUCCACUUUGAGGAGGACUUGGCCCCCUUUUAAAUCCAGACUAGAGGUUGGGAUGUAAUUGUGAAUAUGACGGAUAUUUAUACUGUAUACUGCUUUUCAACAAAAGGUCCCAAAGCAGUUUACAUAGAUAUAAAUAGAGAAAUAAAAAGGCACCCUCUCUUCACAGGGCUCACAAUCUAAAACAGAAACAUAAGAUAGACACCAGCAACAGCCACUGGAGGGAUGCUGUGCUGGGGAAGGAUAGGGCCGGUUGCUCUCCCCUUGCUAAAUAAAGAGAAUCACCACUUUUAAAAGGUGCCUCUUUGCUCAGUUAGUGGAGGACUGCUAACUGAUUCUCCCCCACCCACCCACACACACACUAUUUGUAACUGCCAUAUUCAGGCUGUUAAGUUUUGUUUUUGCUAAAAUGUUCCGAUUUUUUUGGUUGUGCUUUAUGAUUCCUAAUGUGUGUUUGCAUUUCAUAGAAAAGCAAGGUAGAAAAUAAACACAAGAACAUAAGAACAGCCCUGCUGGAUCAGGCCCAAGGCCCAUUGAGUCCAGCAUCCCGUUUCGCACAGUGGCCCACCAGAUGCCGCUGGAAGCCACAGGCAGGAGUUGAGGGCCUGGCCUCUCUCCUGCUGUUGCUCCCCCUCAACUGGUGAAAUGAAAUGACAAUAAAGAAAUGAAUUUCUUUUCAUUUCUCUUUCUACAAGUGACAAACGUCAAUGGAGCAAUGACUCCUGCAGAGGGGACAGUCACCCAGGCUAAAUGGACAGAGGAGCCUCUUCAAGUGGUGGCUCUAAGUAUUUUUAUACUUGAUGGUCGUUGAGAAGGAGGCUUCUCAAAAAUGAGGGGACUGGUAAAAAGGAAGCUGAAAGGGAACGUCAGGAGGGCCAAAUCACUCUAUAAACAUGGAACUUCUUCAAAACCACAGUAAUGGAAGCUCAGUUGGCAUGUGUACCAAGAAGGAGGAAAGGCACCACCAAGUUCAGGAGGAUGCCAGCAUGGCUAACAAGUAGAGUCAGGGAAGCUGUAAAAGGGAAGAAGACUUUCUUCAAAAAAUGGAAGUUGCGGCACUCUAUUCCAACUGCGGAGGCGCACUGAAGGACCUCGCAGUUUUCAGGCGCCACUGGGCCACACAGUCAGGCCCAGCGGCCGCUCCCACUCUGCCCACUACCAACACAGGGGAUGGCUGGAGAGACCUGCUUGGCUAACCCCACUCUCUGGUGGCUAGAAUUAUUGAAGCAAUCAGUGUUUCAGCCUCAUGGCGGGGCAGCGGGUGCGGGGUGGUGGCAGGAGGUCCCUCCUCAGAUCUUGGAGGCCAAGGGCUGUAGCCCCAAGGGUGGGGGCGGGGGUAAGAGUGCCUCUGCAUAGAUGAACAAGCCUUGCUGAAGGAGAACCAGCAUGGCUUCUGCAAGGGCAAGUCUUGCCUCACUAAGUUCUUGGAGAGUGUCAACAGGCAUGCGGAUAAAAGCGAUCCAGUUGACAUAGUAUACUUGGAUGUCCAAAAAGGCUUUGACAAAAUUCCCCACCAAAAGGCUCUUGAGUAAACUUAGGAGUCAUGGGAUAAGGGGACAGGUUCAUGUGUGGAUUGGGAACUGGUGGAAGGACAGGAAACUGAGUGUGGGAAUAAAAGGACAGUUCUCUAAAUGGAGGGAAGUAAGUCUGGGGUCCCCUAAGGAUCAGUCCUGGGACCAGCUCUCUUUAAUUUGUUCAUAAUUGAUCUAGAAUUUGGGGUAAGCAGCAAAGUGGCCAAAUUUGCAGAUGACACUAAACUAUCAAGGGUAAUGAAAUUCAAAAUGGAUUGUGAGGAGCUCCAAAAGUAUUUGUCCAGACCCGGGGAGCUGGCGACACAAUGCCAUAUGCAGUUCAAGGUAAGCAAGUGUAAUGUGUUGCAUAUUAGGGCAUAAGACCCUUAUUUCACAUAUACACUGAUGGGAUCUGUGCUGUCUGUGACUGAUCAGGAGAGAGAUCCUGUGGUUGGGCAGCUCGUUUAAGGCAAAUUCCAUGCUAGGGAUCAUUAAGAUUAUACAAAUCUGUGGUGCUGCUACAUUUGGAGUUCUGCAAACAGUUCUGGUCACCAUAUCUCAAGAAGGACACUGUAGAACUGUAAAAGGUGCAGAGGAGGGCAAGCACGAUGAUCAGGGGCCUGGAGCAACCUCCUUGUGAGUCAUGGCUACAGUAUCUGGGGCCCUUUAGCUUCGAAGAGAGGCAUCUACGGGGAGACGGGAACAAGGUGUAUAAAAUUAUGCAUGGAGUCAUGAGAGUGGAGAGAAAAAAUUUUUUCUCCCUCUCUCACAACAAUAGAACCAGGGGUCACCCCAUGAAACUGAAGGUCGGGAAAUUUAGGAUCGACAAAAGGAAGUACUUUUUCACACAGCACAUAAUCAAUCUAUGGAGUUGGGCCUGAUCGAGCAGGGCUGCUCUUAAGUUCUUAUACCGUCUUAUUCUCUUAAAGGAUUUCCAGAAGGUGGUUUAUGCCAGCAUCAACACAUUCAUAGAGACUGUUUUGUGGAGACUGAAAUGACACUCUCCACAUCCCAUAACACCACUCUGUAAUCUGUAUGACAAUUUCUGAAACACUUGUGUGUUUUCAUAUUGCCUUUAUUCUAACGUGAUCAAGCAAUAAGGAAACCUUGUUGGAGGAGGGAAAGGUGUGGACAGGCCAUAGCACAACCUGGGCUGGUCAAAUCCCCUGCUAACUGAGCAAAGAGGCAUCUUUUUAAAAUGGCGAUUCUCUUGAUUUAGUAGGGGGAGAACAACUGGUUCUAUCCAUUCACAGCACACCAACCCUCCAUGGCUGUUGCUGGUGUCUAUUUUAAGUUUCUUUUUUAGAUUCUGUGCCCUUUGGGGACAGGGAGCCAUUUUAUUUACUUAUUUAUAUGUAUGUAAACUGCUUUCGGAACCUUUGUUGAAAAACGGGAUAUAAAAACUUGUCUUAUUUGUAUGUAAUUGAGCUUCUUCUCCUUUGAACCUCAGAGACAUGUAUUAAGCCCUUCAGCUACAUCCAGUGAAAUACUUUACACUAGCUGAACCAGGCGCAGACCAUCUACGCCUCUAGUCCCCUCCCUCCGACUUCCUCCCCCACAAGCCCACCCACCAGUCACCACUUUCUCCCGCCGCGUCCCACCCCUGCUGGCCGCCUCUUUUUUUAUGGUGGCCUGGAGGCUUUACACACAUGGCUUUUAAUUCCAAUCCACUCUGAAUUGGAGUGUGCCAUUCCACAUAUUAGUUGUAUUUUAAGUUGUCAUUUUUAUUGUAUGUUUUUUAACUUUUGUGAACUGCCUUGGGGUUGUUUUUAAUGAAAGGCAGUAUAUAAAUUCAACAAUAAAUAAAUAAAUAAAUAAAAUAUUUACCCCAACGUAGCAUGAACCAGUACAGACAUGACUCUGUUUCCCCCUGAAGUGAGGCUGGGCAUUCUGGCUUAUCUCAAAGUAUGUCCGGCUUUAAAAAAUCCUGUAUUUCCAGUCACUUUUGAAUAAAACCCAACAUUUUCCUUUGAUGUGCAGAGGGGCCAUUGCCAACAACUUGGCUUACUCACACUUUCCUGUUUUGUUUUGGUUUUUUAAUGUCUGCUGGGUGGAUUUCCGUAAAUCCACCCAGGUGUCCGCAAAGGAGAGUUUGACAGCUCAGUCUGGUGUGUUCUUUGAGUAAUUUGCAAUUGCAAGCCCUGAGGGCAGGAGGAGGGGUUAUGGCAGAUUGAUGCAAUUCUAUGGCGUCCAGAAGUGGAGGGGGGAGGGAGGAAUACCUGAGUUAAAUGCAAGCACAAGCAAAAUGUGUGUCUUCAAAGUUUGGUUACCAUAGCAACACAGCUUACAGACUGUAUGCAGAUGUUUGGAUAUGCAGAUGUUUGGAAGCUUAACAAUGGAGACUGCAGGUUGGGUUUCAGUUCUGUUGCUUUGAUUUGUCACUUUUGUGGACAUCUGGCUGGCUGUCAGACUAAAAAAAAGUAAUACUGAAGGGAGGCAUCUCGCGCCUCCUCCUGGGAUGUGAUUGGUUGGAGGAAAAAAUUGAAACAUAGGAGAAAGAUUGUAGGAGGAGCCCACAGUUAUGUGUUUGAUUGAUUAAGUGCCGUUGAGUCGGUGUCGACUUUUAGCGACCACAUAGAUUCUCUCCAGGAUGAUCUGUCUUCAACUUGGCCUUUGAAGUCUCUCAGUGGUGCAUUCAUUGCUGUCGUGAUCGAGUUCGUCCAUCUUGCUGCUGGUCGUCAUCUUCUUCUCUUGCCUUCAACUUUCCCCAGCAUUACGGACUUCUCAAGGGACCUGGGUCUUCGCAUAAUGUGUCCAAAAUAUAAUAGUUUGAGCAUGGUCUCUUGUGCCGCGAGUGAAAAUUCUGGAUUGAUUUGUUCUAAGAUCCAUUUGUUUGUUUUCCUGGCUGGAUGUUUAGUAUCUGUAAAUGUAAUGCUCAUUUCUUUGCUUCUCAUUCAUCAAGAUGACUCCCUUUACCCAUGAUUGCUUGGUAGGUAUUCUCCUAAUAUCACUUAAGUAGUAAGUUUGUCUUCUUUAUUAUGGCAGAGUCCAAAAUGGUGUAUUCCCUGCUGGAAUAAGAGCUGCACCAUCAUCUCUAGUAACUUUAUGAAAAAUUCUUAAGAUGUACCUCUUCGACCAGGAUUUUAGUUUAGUUUUUUUGUUUUAGUUAUAAUUUUAACAUAUUAAAUUGUUCAAAUGUU